CUUAGUGAUCUUCUUUCUCAGAACAUCAUCAGCCAAUAAAGCCCUGAACCCUAAUUUCUUUUGGCUUUGGCUGGAGAACGACUGUGUGUGUGUUCAACAAUGUCGUCGAUGAACUUCAAUCCAUUUCAAAACUGGUUCGAGAAACCACCGAACCCAGUCCCUUCCAUCAAUUUCGUCUCGCUCGCUGAUUCCUUCUUUCCCAAGUCGCAGUCUCCGAAUUUCGCUGCGAUUGGCCUUCCUAAGUUCUCCAAGAAGCCCCCAAAACCCGAAACAGGGACCGACGAACCAGGACCGUACAAGCAAAUCGCUGAGCAGUUCUUAUGGGAGUGUGAGAACAUACCGGAUUACAGGCACACUCCAGAAGUGGAUAAGAUUCUCAACGAAGAUCCAGUUUUCGAGAAGAAGGAGAAUCCGAGCACAGAAGAGAUUGAAGCUGAGCAGAAAUGGUGGGAGAGAUUUCGAGCGAGUCCUGUGGUUCAGUUUAUGACUCGCGCCGAGGAGAUUGCCGACGAUAUGAACAAGAUGGAGCUCGAGGAUAACGACACGCCUUAUCGGAAAGAAGACAAGGAUUACUGGAGAGCCAUUCCUCAUGUGCCGGGCUUUGACGGGAGGCCGAUGCCUAGGAAGGCGAUCAAAUCAAAGGAAGAGAGUGAUGAUAAGUUUUGGGAUUUCAUGAAACAGUUCCUCUUCGGGCUCUGGGGUUUCCGGCAACGUCCUUACCCGCCGGGUCGACCCAUAGACGUGGCUCAGGCUAUUGGUUACAAACGGCUUGAGAAGCGCUAUUAUGACUUCAUAAUGAAGACCGGUGGUUGGUGGUAUAAAGACCGACUUGGCCGUUCUAGAGGCCCUUGUGAGCUUAUAACCCUUAAGACGGCUUAUGGAGCUGGAAUAAUUGACAGAGAUACUUUCAUUUGGGGCGAGGACAUGGAUGAAUGGGCGCCUAUUCACAUGGUUUACGGUUUGGAACCUGCAAUUGCCACUUGGGAAGUGAGGCUUGGUGCAGCGGCAACGGCUUUCCUUCACAAACUCCAGAAGGGAAUACCACCAUGGGUUCCUCUAAAGGGACGAGAGCCAAAAACAUACAAGCAGCUCCAAAAAGAAGCUAUUGAGAGUAAGAAACGCGACAUGGCAGUGCUCGAAGCAAAUGAUGGCGUUUGGCCUGGAGUCAGAACUCCUAGCCACGCUCUGUUUCUCUGGGCGAGUGGGUCUGAAUUAACAACUGUACUGGAAUCUGAUCACAUGCCGAACAAGUUCAUCCCCAAACAACUAAGACAAGAGCUGGCCAAAGUAAUACCAGGGUUAAGGCCAUGGGAAGUGAUAAGUAUAGAGCAAGCUAUGGAUCAGAUCAGCUAUGGUGGAGAGUGGUACCGUGAGCCGCUUGGUACCUACACUACUGGUCCUCCUUACAUCAGAGAGUGGAAUAGGAGUGUCAUGAGGCUAUUCCGGAUUUUCUACAACCUCAGUGUUCGAGUAGGCCAGAAGCUGGAGAGGACAGUCCCGGGUUUUGACACUAUAAUGGAAAAAGUUCAGAAAGAUUACGACACUCGGAUUGCUCGAAGGAUGAAGCGGAGAGAGGAGGAGCUGAGAGAAGAGGACCUGAAGCAUUAUUCCGGCCGUAGCGAUGAAGAUGAGGAGGAGAAGGACGAUGAUAGUAACUCCAAAUGAUUGAAGUUGAAGCAAAGUCUGCACCAGGUGAUGACUACAAGCAAACAUCCUGUUGUUUUUGAGUUCUUCGCCAGCAAAGUCGGCGUGUGGUGGAUUUGUUUAUCGUAAUUUACGUUGUACGUACACACCACGGCGUUUUGGGCGUCUCGUGUAACAUGGUUUGUUUGUUUUCUACCUGUUUUAACCAACGUUCGACAUUGAGAGUUUAUCAGAAAAAGAGAGGAACUAUGUUUAAAACUGGAUGGUUUACUCUUAUGGGCUUAA